AUGUGCUCAUACCUUGGAAAGGGUUCUCGCAAUGUUCAGAAAACUCCUGGUGGCCUCAUCUUCCGCCAGAGAUGGAACAACAUGCAGUUUGUCACAAGUGCCUCAUUUUUAGCCACUGUCUAUUCUGACUACCUUGCUUCUUCUGGUAGAAACUUGAGAUGUAAUUCAGGAAAUGUUGCUCCUGCUGAGCUUCUCUCCCUUGCAAAGUCUCAGGUAAUUCCACCCCCUGCUUUCCCUUUCAUAGUUUCACUUGCUGCAUACCAAUGGAGCGAUGAGCAGUCGUGA